AUUGAUGGUGUAUUGCAUGAACAUAUAUAGAAAUAUAACAAACCACUCAAAAAUUACCAAAAUAGAGAAUUAUGGGGACUUUUGUAGGGCAUUUUGUACCUGGUUUGGCUUUAACAAUUCUUGGUCUAUGGCACAUUAUCAACACCAUCAGAUCAUAUUACCUCAAAGGUCCUUCUAAUUUCAUCUCAAAAUUUUGGUACCCCUUCAAUAAUUCUUUGUUGAAGCUGAAGGAGUUGGAGCUCAUCCUCAUCCUGUCCUUUUCGGUCCUUGCAAUCAUCCUCCAAGUCCUUGAUUACCCUGCUUUUCAUCUCAGUUUCAAGCUUGACAACUUUGAGCAUGCAACCAUGUUCAUCCAUCUCGCGAUCUUCACAGGUUUUGCCUACUAUGCUGAGUCGGAUCAGAUAUCUGAAUCAGUCUCUAGUCUUGUUGGAAUCAUGGCUGCAUCAGUUUUCGGUCAAGAGCUCUUCCUGCUUCAUUUCCACUCAACUGACCAUGUUGGCCUUGAAGGCCAGUACCACGGGCUGUUGCAGCUCAUUGUGUUGGUUUCAUUCCUUGCAGCUGUAGCAAUGACGGUCUUCCCUGCUAGUUUCCCUGCAGCGCUUGUGCUUUCUGUUUCUGUUGUUUUCCAAGGGUGUUGGUUUGUUAACAUGGGAUUCAUGCUAUGGGUUCCCAAGUUAAUCCCAAAAGGUUGCUUUCCACAAAUGGAUAAAGCUGGCAGUAGUGAGAUGAUGCAUGGAGCAGUCACUUGUGGAUCCCCUGAGGCAGAUUUUAGAGCACGAGCCUUGGCUAACUUGCAGUUCAGUUGGAUACUCGCAGGAAUUCUGAUGUUCACAGGAGUUUCUUCCAUGAUUCUGGCUAGAAAAGGCGUUCCAAGAAUCUGGCAAUUGACAGCUUAUGAACAGCUUCAGAAUAGGAAAUCUGAAUCUCCAGUAACUAUUGAAUGCUUCAAGCAACCUCUUGAUCAUUAGAUGUCUCUACCAGUCUUUUUUCUCAGAUCAGUGUAUUAUAUAACCCGGGUUAUGUAAAAUGUUUCUAAGCAUUAGUGCAACAUGGACUGCAAUCUAAAUUUUAUAGAUCCUGAUAAACGCGAUCAAUCCUGACACUCAGAAGGAUCUUAAUGUUCAUAGGUUCUUACAAUCCUACUUGGAUAACAGAUAAUUGAAAUAUCAGGAAAAUGUGAUUGUACAAUCUCGAGAUCCAAAAAGCUGAUCCUACAGUAUUAUGUAGCUACAUAUACAAAUUGCUAUAUAAGCACUAUAUUUAAUCAA